GUCAAUAAUUUGAUUUUCUUGAUAUGUAUUUGUUUCCAAGUUCCUGUUUUGAUGUGCUCUAUGGUAAUAUUUUCAAUUUAAAAGUUGAUAUUUCCUUUUUUAUUGUUUCUUGUUAUGCUCAAUUAUGAUUGGAGUUACCGGUUUUAAUUUUUAUUUUUUUCCCCUCAUAAUAUUUUGAUGUUUAGAGAACUAAAAAGGCUUUUUAAAUGGUCUUUGACUAAUGAUAUGUUAACAGUAUGAUUUUCUUGACAUGAGUUUGUCUCCAAGUUUUUAUUUCCAAUGCUUGUUGGCUUCCCUUUUGUAGACUCCAAUAGUAUUGUUUUCAUUUUGAUUGGAUUUUUUCUUGUUAUGCUCAAUUUUAUUGGGAUUCUCUAUUUUGAUUUUAUUAGUAUUAUUUUUUGGCUACUUAUGUUCCUAAGAUGAAAUCUUGAAAUCUACUUUUGUUUUCUGAGAUUUUCUAAAUAGCUUUUGUUUCAAGUCUGUAAGGGGUUGUUUGGUUGGAAACAAGUUAUCCCGGGAUUAGUUAUACCGCGAUUUAUCCCAAUCGGGCGUGGGAUAGACUCAUCUCAAAUAUAAUCCCGGGAUUAGUCAAAUAUUAUCCUUAUCGCUCGUACCAAAUGAGCCCUAAAGAAAAAAGAGGUUGUAUGUAAUCUAUGGAUGAAUAUUCAAGCAAAAGAGCUGGUAAUAAUGGGCUUUACGUUCCCAAAAGAGGUUUGAGGGACAUAGCUGACAGCAGGGAUGAAAAUGUUCAGUUGUGCUCCCGAUAUGGAUGCAGCAGCAGCCGGUUCAACUCUAUGAAGAGCCCGCAAGUUAGAAGUUCAACAGAGAAACCAAGACCGCUGCGGUCUUCUUUCACUUCUUCAAAUGGAAAAGAAGUUGUUGGAAGUAGUUCAUGUAGGACAUCAUCUUCUUCAAUGCCUAAUUCUAGAAAGUCACUCAAGGACGAGAAGUUAGAUUCAGCAAUUCGAGAUACUGGAUCAAGUAAAAUUACGAUGACAGAAGUAGGUUGCUCUAGUGGAGCUUCCAGCAGUAAACCUCGUAGAUUAUUUAGUCCCAAGUAUUCCAAUCAAAAUAGUCCAGUAGGUCCCACAAGGGGCACUGCUAGUGGGGCUGGAUACAUACCGAGAAAUCUAAAAUGCAAUUCUUCAGGCUCAGAUGUCUCUCCCCAGAGUUGUUCGACAACGGAUCCAAGAUUUAGUAGAAGGGACAUGGUAAAAAGAAGAAAUUCAGAAUGUGAAAGCACUUCAUCCUCUAAAGGGAAGAAAGUAAGUGAUGUCAUUCGUCCGACUCGUGGUAUCUCAAUUUCUGAUCCAAGGAGUAGUAGAAACUUUGAUAUUAGGGAGGAUAGUCGAAAUGCUGUAUCAGUAAGGACUCGUAGGUCAGUGAAUGUGCCUAGGUUUAGGGAUUCAAUACGAGAUUCAUCAUCUCAGCCCGAAUAUCCAAAUCUUGGUCUGCAGUCAUCGAGUCAAUUUUUCUCAGAUGCCUCUUCAAGUGAUUCAAGUGCUUAUAGUUUUCCUGGAAAUGAUAUUGAAGAUCUUCCCGCUGCAGUGUCCGGCACUUCUACAGAACUUGGCAUCAACCAAUUAAUGAACCGUGAUGCCUUGCAGCGAUAUAACAUGGAUGGAGUUGCUCAGGUAUUGGUGGCGCUUGAGAGAAUGGAACAAGAUGAAGAAUUAACAUAUGAGCAAUUACUUGUGUUGGAGACCAACUUGUUUCUUGGUGGACUUAACUUCUACGACCAGCAUAGAGCCAUGAGGCUGGAUAUAGACAAUAUGUCCUAUGAGGAAUUAUUAGCUCUCGAGGAGAGGAUGGGGAGUGUUAGCACAGCUCUGUCAGAGGAGGCAUUGUCAAAGUGCCUCCGGAAAAGCAUUUAUCAUGCUAUGCCUUCAGAAAUAGGGGAAUUUGGAAGCAAUGGGAAUGAAGAUGAGGUCAAAUGCACGAUUUGUCAGGAAGAGUAUGUGAUUGGAGAUGAAAUAGGAAGGUUGGAAUGUGAGCAUGGGUAUCAUGUGGAGUGUGUAAAAAAUUGGUUGAAGCUCAAGAAUUGGUGUCCUAUUUGCAAAGCUGAAGCAGCUCCAUCUUAGGUUCAAUAGUUUGCCCAUGUACAAGUUCAUCACGUUGGAGGGAUGGGGAGAUGUUUCUGUUCAUUGUUUGAAUUUUUUUUCCCUUUUGUGUACAUAUAAAGUUCUUGUCACAUCAACCAAUAAACCCAAGCCAAGUACAGGCUUUGUGGUGAUAGCUGAUGAACAUUGAUAUUUAUAUCCUUAAAUCCUUGUAGUGUUUUGUAAUUCACUUACUGGUGUUGUCA